AUGCUUACUGAGGGAGCUGAAGUGAUAGAAAUUCAUGGGUUCGCUAACGCAUCAGAAACCGCUUAUGGUGCAGUUAUCUACUGUAAGUGUAUUAAAGAUGGUCACGCAUCGAUUAAAUUGAUUGCCAGUAAAUUGAGAGUGUCUCCAUUAAAAAGAGUUACCAUCCCAAGAUUGGAACUUGGCGCUUCAGUGCUUCUAGCCAAGUUAGUGAAAAAGGUGAUACGUACUCUCAAAUUACCAAUAUCCCGCACCUAUCUAUGGAGUAACAGCAUGAUUGUUCUUUCAAGGAUUCGCAAAGAACCAUUUCUUCUUAAGACAUUUGUUGCCAAUCGGGUAACCCAAAUUCAAGACCUCACUUGCAUUGAAGAUUGGAGAUAUGUCCCUUCUAAUGACAAUCCUGCUGACCUCAUCUCCAGAGGACUCGAUCCUGAUAAACUUCAUCAUUGA